AUGGCGCUCAAGCAACUUCUCGGUGACGAUCCAGAAUGGAAAGACUGCGAGGUGGGCAAAACGGCGCUCAACUUGACAACACGACUUUCCACGCGCGUCUUCCUGGGCGAAAAGUUCUCGCGCAACCAAGAAUGGCUGGAUCUGACUCUGAUGUAUACCAUGGCCGCAAUGCAUGCAGCCCAGGCUCUGCUCAAGUGGCCGAGCCUCUUGCAGCGUCUUGCCAAUCUCUUCCUGCCCCAAUGCAUCGGGCAGAGGGCGAUGCUAAAGUCCAUCAAGGCUAUCCUGAGCCCGGAGAUUAAACAGCGACAGAAAGAGAGAGCCCUGAUGCAGGAAGAAAAGGGUCAAAUGCCCCCGGGCAAAGACACGAUGGACUGGAUGAGCGAGAUUGCCCGAGGUAGGCCCUUUGAUCUCAUCUCAGGCCAGUUGCAGCUCAACUUUGUGGCCAUUCACACAACGUCGACGCUCAUGUCGGACGUGCUCCUUGAUCUAUGCGCAUUUCCCGAAUACAUACCAAAGCUGAGAGAGGAAAUUUGCCGAGUGGUAUCGGAAAAUGGGUGGAAAAAGACGGCCAUGUACAAGCUGAAGCGGAUGGACAGUUUUGUCAAGGAAUCUCUGAGGUUGCGGCCUCAAAGCAUGAUCACCGCUAGGAGAAUGACGACAGAGGCAGUAGCACUCCCAGAUGGCACCAAGAUACCCAGAGGUAGCAGCGUCAUGGUGCCUACCAUCACAGCCAUGCUCGACCCGUCCAUUUACCCGAACCCGCACCACUUUGACGGAGAGAGAUUUCUUCGAAUGCGAGAGCAGAAUGAAAACGCAGCGCAGCUUGUCACAACUGGUGCAAACUACCUUGGCUUCGGCAUCGGGAAGCACAGCUGCCCGGGUCGUUUCCUUGCGGCCAAUGAGAUCAAGGUGGCACUGUGCCAUCUUCUGCUCAAGUAUGAUGUCAAGUUUCCUGACGGGGUCAGCCGUCCUGACCCGAUGGCGUGGGAGACUGCAUACAUGAUCAAUCCGGGUGCACGGGUGUUGAUAAGACGGCGCCAGGAGGAGAUUGUCCUAGACGCGUGA